CCGCUCCGGGGUUGUCACGGCGCCCGGGUUGUGGUUCCCGGCGCCCGACGCUGGGAGCGUGGGCGUCACGUGCUCGUGUGGAUUUCCUCGUUGCCCGAGGGAAAGCGCGUGGUGUUUUGGUCUGUGUGCGUUUGGAGAGAGAUGUGGCUGCUCCGUUUCGGGAACGGGAGGGCGGCCGGGUCCUAGUGCCGGUUGCACGGCCGGGGUCCCGGUCCCCGAGCCGCAGGGUGGGCGGAGACCGAGGCCCGAGCCACCGGUGACCCAGUUCCGCGAAGCCGCCCGCGGGCCGCUGAUGGCCGGCCGCCUCCUGGGCAAGGCUUUAGCCACCGUGUCACUCUCUGUGGCCUUGGCCUGGGUGACUGUCAGGUCCUCGGGCUGCCGCAGCCUCCCCGCGUACAGAAACUCAUUCUCAUCCUGUUGGUUUCAUCUUAAUACCGGCACCAUGUCUGGUUCUAAUGGUUCCAAAGACAAUUCCCACAACAAGGCCCGGACAUCUCCUUACCCAGGUUCAAAGGUUGAACGAAGCCAGGUUCCUAAUGAGAAGGUGGGCUGGCUUGUUGAGUGGCAAGACUAUAACCCUGUGGAAUACACUGCAGUCUCUGUUUUGGCUGGACCCAGGUGGGCAGAUCCUCAGAUCAGUGAACGUAACUUUUCUCCCAAGUUUAACGAAAAGGAUGGGCAUAUUGAGCGAAAGAGCCAGAAUGGCCUGUAUGAGAUCGAAAAUGGAAGACCUAGAAAUCCUGCAGGACGGACGGGACUGGUCGGCCGGGGGCUUUUGGGGCGAUGGGGCCCAAAUCAUGCUGCAGAUCCCAUCAUAACCAGGUGGAAAAGAGAUAGCAGUGGAAAUAAAAUAACCCAUCCUGUUUCUGGGAAACACAUCCUACAGUUUGUUGCAAUAAAAAGGAAAGACUGUGGAGAAUGGGCAAUCCCAGGGGGGAUGGUGGAUCCAGGAGAAAAGAUUAGUGCCACAUUGAAAAGAGAAUUUGGUGAGGAAGCUCUCAACUCCUUACAGAAAUCUAGUGCUGAGAAGAGAGAAAUAGAGGAACAGUUGCACAAACUCUUCAGCCAAGAACAUCUAGUGAUAUAUAAAGGAUAUGUUGAUGACCCUCGAAACACCGACAAUGCGUGGAUGGAGACAGAAGCUGUGAAUUACCAUGACGAAACAGGUGAGAUAAUGGAUAAUCUUACCCUGGAGGCUGGAGAUGAUGCUGGAAAAGUGAAAUGGGUUGACAUCAGUGCUAAACUCAAGCUCUAUGCGAGUCACUCUCAAUUCAUUAAACUUGUGGCAGAGAAACGAGACGCGCACUGGAGCGAGGACGCUGACGCUGACUGUCGCGGGCUGUAGCUCGUGGUCUCCAUACGAGCCACAAGUCCACAAAGGAGCGCGUGCUGCAAGGAGGCAACAUCACACAACUUGUGCUGUAAAAGGGGCAAGGUAGGCCACUGGGCCUAUUCGCUUCCAACACGAUUUGCAUUUAGAGGGUUUUGCAUCAGAAUAAAAUUUAAUCAAUAUGCUGAAAUAGAACACUGAAUUUUCAGCUUUCUGGUCAAAAGGAAUAUAAAUAGUCGUAUUUUGUAUGUAUUCUAUUUAAGCAUGGCUUAACCGAAAUUGAAACCACCGAUGCCCUUGGAAGAAUAAAGACAAAUUCUUGAUGAGCAUAA